CGCGCGCGCGCGUGCGUGUGUGUGUCUGUGUGCAUGCAUGUGUGUUUAUGUGUCUCCACUUUCUCUACUUUUAUUUGUCUCCGCCUGGACUUUUUCGGCCUGAGAUGCGGAGGAAUCAUAUUUGAUUAUUCUUAUUAUAAGGGGGAUUAUUUCUUCCUUCACACACUCUCCUCCCUACACUGUCUCCCUCUCUCUCACUCUCACACACACACAUACAUCCCCCUCCUAUCUUCUAUUUUUUUCCCCUAUUUUUUUUUUUUUUACCCCCUUCUACCACCACGCCAUUUGAAAUGAGGAGGAGAAAGGGAAAGCACAAGCAAGCAGCAAGCAGCGGCAGCAGCACCAGCAGCGAGGAGAGGAGAGGGGGGAGUGAUGAGUCAAUACAACUAAUAAUUUAAUGGGGACAGAGAGGGAGAGACGGAGUGAGAGAGGGGGAGAGACAGCAGAGAGGGAGAUAGAAAGAAAAGAGGAGCUCCGUCCGGACGCCAAUCCCCAACCAACAGGACACCUCCUACUAUUACUAUCGCAGGCAGCUCUCUUAUGCAUCCACAGCAAGCCUUAUUUAUGCUCGACAUCGGAAAGUAAAGCGCACUUUUUGACCCCCCUCUCCUUCUUUUAUUUUGCGAACCUGUUUCGACUGUCCGCAUAUCGUCUCCACAUCGCCUCCAACGCGAUAGCAGAGACUGUCGGUUAUUAUUAUUAUUAUUAUUUUUCUCUCUGUGUGUGUAUCAGCCGGUAGUCAGAUCUAGCUAAGCCGACGUAGAGCUAUUUUGUGAAGGCUCUCUCUCCUCCACACAGCGAGGGUUUAUUAGGUCUUCGGCGGCGGUUAUUUAUCAUUACAACUGUGUCCGAGGUGCUUUGCUUUCCGCUGCUCACUGUACUGAUCGGCUGCUGCCGAUGUAGCGAUUUGGAUGUUUGUGGUGCGAACUAAAGCAGAAGUCGCCUUCACUUGUAACCGAUCUGGACGCGGCUAGACCCGCUCACUUUGUGCUAAAUGUCGCCGGUUCUGACGGUCUCGGUUGCCGUUUUUUUCCUCCUUCCAGCUGGACGGAAUAAUAAGCUAACGGACGCAUAGACAGACACACACACGCACAAACCGCUUACCAAUGUUCGCCUAUCGCGGUCCAUCUCGACCUCGUCGUCUCUCGCACAGACCCGGGUUGUUGUUUUUCCCCUCCGCCUGCCAGUCCUCCGCGAAGAAGAGCAGGAGAAAGCGUCUUUUUAAACACUGAUUAUUUUUUUCCCUGCUAUCAUGCACACAUAGAGAGAGAGGGAGAGAGAUAACAAGACCGGGAAGCAGGAGUUGUUUUGAGUGUCUUUUUUUCUUUUCUACCCUGGCCAAACUUGAAGAAGACGUGUUUUCCAGGCGGUGUUAUAUGCUCCCCAGUGCUGAAGAAGUGCUGCGUUUCAGGUGAUAGUGAGCAGAGGUGCUGAGAAUGAUGGACCAUCUCAGCGAGGCGUGUUUGGGCAAGGAGAACUCUGAGCUGGUCAACAGCAUGGCAGAGGCCAAGGCCCCGCCGGCCAAGCUGCCCCGGCUGGAGCAGAACGGCAGCCCCCUGGGCCGGGCCAGGCUGGGCAGCACCGGGGCCAAACUAGCCGGGGUCCCGUACAAACCCACCGGACACCUGCUGAAGACCUGUCACAAGAGAGGCAACAUGCUGCCCGUGUUCUGUGUGGUCGAGCACUACGAGAAUCCCAUGGAUUUUGACAGCAAGGAGGAGCAUGCGGAGUUCGUCCUGGUGCGUAAGGACAUGCUCUUCAACCAGCUCAUCGAGAUGGCCCUGCUGUCGCUGGGCUACUCCCACAGCUCAGCGGCCCAGGCCAAAGGUAUGAUUCAGGUGGGGAAGUGGAACCCCGUCCCCCUGUCAUACGUGACAGACGCACCGGACGCUACAGUGGCUGACAUGCUGCAGGACGUCUACCACGUGGUCACGCUUAAGAUCCAGCUGCACAGAAAUCUAGCCAGUAACACCUUAAAUUGUUUCGCCGAGCACAACGAGCCAGGAAGUUGUCCUAAGCUGGAGGACCUGCCGCCCGAGCAAUGGAGCCACUCUACAGUAAGAAACGCCCUCAAGGAGUUACUCAAAGACAUGAAUCAGAGCUCUCUGGCUAAAGAAUGUCCCUUAUCACAGAGUAUGAUUUCCUCCAUUGUGAACAGCACUUACUAUGCAAAUGUGUCGGCGGCGAAGUGUCAGGAAUUUGGGCGCUGGUAUAAACAUUUCAAGAAGACAAAAGAUAUGAUGGGCAUGCGCCAACCCUCCCAGCUGGAGGGCUACCUGGGGACGUGUGUCCUCCGUGAGAGCCCGCGUGCCAAUGCACUCGCAGAGAUGGAUGGCCUGUCUGACCUCUCUCCACCCGGCUCUAAUCACAACCACAACCACAACCACCUGGGCUUCUCCCAGCAGCAGCAGCCCAUCCCAGGCAGCACAGCAGAGCAGACUCCUUCCUCGCCGGUGCCCCCGAUGCCUCACGCUCCACCGCCGCACGGUGGCCAAACCGGCGGCCGACAGCCCCAGCUUCCUGGUCUGCACCACCCGGGCCUGGUGUCCACGCCCAUCAGCCCCCAGCUGGUCAACCAGCAGCUCGUGAUGGCACAGAUCCUGAACCAGCAGUACGCAGUGAACCGGCUGCUGGCGCAGCAGUCCCUGUCGCAGCAGUACCUCAACCACCCACCUGUCAACCGCAACUCCCACAACAAGCCCAUGGAGCCACAGGUGGCAUCCAACACGGAGGUGUCCGUUGAGAUUUACCAAUGGGUGAGGGACGAGCUGAAGAGGGCCGGCAUCUCACAGGCCGUGUUCGCCCGCGUGGCCUUCAACAGAACCCAGGGCUUGCUCUCUGAGAUACUACGCAAGGAGGAGGACCCUAAAACAGCGUCCCAGUCGCUGCUGGUCAACCUGCGCGCCAUGCAGAACUUCCUGCAGCUGCCGGAGGCCGAGCGCGAUCGCAUCUAUCAGGAGGAGAGGGAGCGCAGCCUCACGGCGGCCUCGGCGAUGGGUGCCCCUCCUCUCAUCAGCACUCCACCCAGCCGACCUGUACAGACACUGCAGCCCCGGAGGGAAGACUGUAACAGCAUAAGGCCCGAAGACAGGAAUCCCAGAAUCCCCGUGGGCCUUUCCCCUGUGAAACCGUCGCCUAUGCCCAAUGAGUGGAACGGCAAAACAGAGAGCUGCAUCCUCAACAUCAACUCCACCAUCUACGACGAGAUCCAGCAGGAGAUGAAGAGGGCCAAAGUUUCCCAGGCCCUAUUCGCCAAGGUGGCCGCCUCCAAGAGCCAGGGCUGGCUGUGUGAGCUGCUGCGUUGGAAGGAGGAUCCCUCUCCGGAGAACCGGACCCUGUGGGAGAACCUGUCCAUGAUCCGCCGCUUCCUGAGCCUGUGCCAGGUCGAGCGCGACGCCAUCUACGAGCAGGAGAGCAGCGCCGGGCAGCAGCACCACAACGAGCGGCCCACGCACCUGAUGCACAUCUCCACCGAGCAGCCACAGGCUCUGCCGCCCCAGUCACAGCAGCACCACCACCCGCCCUCCCUGUCCCUCCAGAACCCCUCCCAGCCCCUUUUGUCCCAGCAGCCCUUGCAGCAACUGCAGCCCUGCACCGGCCCCCGGUUGCCGCCUCGCCAGCCCUCCACCGCCUCGCCAGCGGAGACGGAGGACGAGAGCAGCCGCGGGGGGAGCAUCAAGUCCCGCACCUGCGGAGGGAAGAUCUCCCUGGAGGCCCUGGGCAUCCUGCAGAGCUUCAUCCAGGACGUGGGCCUGUACCCCGACGAGGAGGCCAUCCACACCCUGUCGGCCCAGCUGGACCUGCCCAAGCUCACCAUCAUCAAGUUCUUCCAGAACCAGCGCUUCUACAUCAACCACCCGGCCAAGGGGCCCAAGGAGCCGAGCAACAACAACAACAACAACAACAACAGCACCGCGGCCACCACCAACACCAACACCAGCAGCAGCAGCAGCGGCAGCAGCCCCGCCUUCGAGGAGGAGCUGACGGACUUCAGGGAGAGCGGAGAGCUGCUGAAGGAGCUGGACGAGAGCACGCAGACCAACAGCACCAUCUUCUCCAUCAAGCUGGAGGAGCAGCUGGCCCGGGGCGCGGAGGCCCAGUCAGAGUCAGAGCACGAGGCCAAGGAGUAGGACUCUGUGUGAACAUAUACUGAGAGGUUUGGUGGGCGCACACACAGACUGAUGACUGUGCUAAAUGUAACGCCUGGCCGACACAGAACCACCACACUGCAAAUACAGAAAAGUAGUGUUUUUAAUCAGUACAGCGUCUGGACUGUAUGAGGAGUGUUUAUAUAUAUCAGACUGACAGGCUAUGUGAAGUGAGUGCUCACACACUGGAAAAAGCCCAAUUUCAGACUCAAGUACUACUUUUUGGAUUUUGUAAAACUUGUAUUAUUCACUGUAAAGACUGAUGCAUCAUUUAAAUAAUCUGCACAAAAAAUUAUUCUAAGUAUGUUGCCGUGAAUAUUUGCUGACUGCACUCUAUGUCUGUUGUUUUACACUGACUUACUUUAUCUUUUUUGAGCUACUGAUUAUAUUUAAAAAGAAAAAAAGUCCCCGCCCCCCACCCCCCCUGGAGUUUGACAGGACUUUGAUAGGUGUUUACGUAUGUGAUGUUUAACUGGAUUUUUAAAAAAAGGAUGAAAAAAAAUAGGAAAUGAAAUCAAGGACCAAGUGGUUGACAAGGCCUUAAUUAUGAGGUAUCAAGUCUGGAGCCUGCUGGCAGAUUAGUUAUUCUUUUAAAAAGCGCAUAAUGUGAUUAUGGAUCACUCCAAACUCUGGAACGCGAUCACCCAGCCCAGGUGAAUCUCCGAGAAUAGCUCAGUCUUUACGUAUUAUUUGUUAGGGAGGAAAUAUAAAUAUAUAUAUAUAGACAUUAUAUUGUAACUGUAAAAAAAAAAAAUACAGUCUUAAAGAAACUAUGCCAACAAAUGCCUUGUACUAUACGGCACUGCCGAUGUUAGAUUAUUUUGCAAAACCUUUGUCACUGUAACUCUCUGAAUCGCCACACACAGUUAGAAAUGUGAAUUACACCAUGUUUAUGUUGUCCGACAUUAUUUAUUUGCAGUUCAUGCAGUGUUUCUGAUGUAAUUACUUUUUUUUUAAAUUUAUGUUAGCUUUUUUGUUUUGUUUUUGUUUAUUUUUUUAUUCCACCGAUCUUUUUUCUAUUUAUAAAUGUGAUUUUUCGAUGGGCAGUAAAAACAAAAAGUGUCUUAAACGUUUUAAAUGGAGAAAUGUGCUUUAAAGGUUGCCUAUAAAAAGUGCUGUAUGUCGAGCAACUCAUGCUACAAGCUUCACAAUUAAUGUUGUAUGCAAUUUUUACUAUCAUGCAAAUAAGCUUAGGUAAAAUGACUAACCUAUAGAACACCUUAGAGAGAAAAACAUAUGCAAUCUGUGUGAAAAUCGAUGUCUGCGAUGUGUCUUCCUUUGGUUAACAAUCCAAUUCAAAAAGCUAUUCCUGUAUAAAUAUUCUGUAUAAAAGUGUUUCUUUUUUAUGAGUUUAUUUCAAGGAGAACACCAGUUAUUUUGUUACGACUGACUGUUUUAUAAGUGUUUCCUCGGUUCCUUUCUGCAGAAAUGUUCUAACUAGAAGUGGUUAUUGAUUGUUAAUUACACAAUUAAACUGUUUGUAUUGUA